GCAGCACGGUGUUUGGCUUUUGAACUGAGUUCAAGGCAAUUAAAGUUAUUGGUAAGGAGGGAAGGAGGGGUUUAGAAAUACCAGUAUAAUAAGUAGUAUGACUGCAGUACCCUGUAAAUUAACUCAAUUAGACAAAGCCUGAUUUAACGGGGGAAAGAUGGUGAGAAGCGCUACCCUCAUUAAAUCUGGCUGUUAGAGGUGAUUAUAAUGGUAUUAAAUUUGUUUUAGUUGUUUGAAUCACAUAAAAUAGUCUGUGCGUGUGCACAUACACAUGUGCACACACGUGGGCUCUGCGAUUUUUGUAGGUAUUUUUUAAGGAGGAGAGGAAUAGAACUGCAAAACAGAACUUUAUCAACUCCCCCACCCCCCUAAACCAAAAAUCGACUGAAUGAAGGCUCAAGAGCUCAAGAGUGGAAGAGGAGGAGAAGGGCAGGAUAGGAUCAGGGAAUGGAAAGCAAGAGGGAGCUCUCCUGCUGAUAAAGCCAUGAGCCCUCUUGGGUGGGGGCUUGUGUUCUGUUGCCUGGGCGGUGGACUCCUACCUGGAGCCAGGGCACAGUUUCCCCGGGUCUGCAUGACUGUGGACAACCUGAUGGCCAAGGAGUGCUGCCCGCCGCUGGGUCUGGAGCCAGCCAACAUCUGCGGCUCUCAGGAGGGCCGGGGCCAGUGCAUGGAGGUGCAAACUGACGCCAGGCCCUGGAGUGGCCCCUAUGUCCUGCGGAACCAGGAUGACCGAGAAGGGUGGCCAAGGAAAUUCUUCCACCGGACCUGCCGAUGCACAGGACAUUAUGGUGGCUACAACUGUGGAGUUUGCAAGUUUGGCUGGACCGGCCAUGACUGCAAUCAGAGGAAAGCUCGGGUUAUUCGGAAGAAUAUCCAUUCCUUGACUCCUGAGGAGAGGGAGCAAUUCUUGGAGGCCUUAGACCUUGCAAAGAACACGACACACCCGGACUACGUGAUCACCACACAACACUGGCUCGGCCUGCUUGGGCCCAACGGGACCCAGCCACAGAUCGCCAACUGCAGCAUUUAUGAUUUCUUUGUAUGGCUCCAUUAUUACUCUGUUAGGGAUACUUUAUUAGGACCAGGGCGUCCAUACAAGGCCAUUGACUUCUCACACCAAGGUCCUGCCUUUGUUACCUGGCACCGGUACCAUUUGUUGUGGCUGGAAAGGGAUCUCCAGCAACUUAUCGGCAACGAAUCCUUUGCUUUGCCCUACUGGAACUUUGCUACUGGGAGGAAUGAUUGUGAUGUGUGCACAGACCAGCUUCUUGGGGCAGCGAGACAAGAUGAUCCAACUCUAAUUAGUGAGAACUCAAGAUUCUCCAACUGGGAAAUUGUCUGUGAUAGCCUAGAUGAUUAUAACCGCCGGGUCACCCUGUGUAAUGGGACCUAUGAAGGCCUGUUAAGAAGAAAUCAAGUGGGACUAAACAGUGAGAAAUUGCCAACUUUAAAAGACAUACAAGACUGUCUGUCUCUCAAGAAGUUUGACAGCCCCCCUUUCUUCCAGAACUCUACCUUCAGCUUCAGGAAUGCCCUGGAAGGAUUUGAUAAAGCAAAUGGAAUCCUGGACUCUCAAGUGAUGAGCCUACACAACUUGGUUCAUUCCUUCUUGAAUGGGACAAGCGCUUUGCCACAUUCUGCUGCCAAUGAUCCUGUUUUUGUGGUACUUCAUUCCUUUACCGAUGCCAUUUUUGAUGAGUGGAUGAAAAGAUCCAAUCCUUCUGUGGAUGCUUGGCCUCAGGAGCUGGCACCCAUCGGUCACAAUCGGAUGUAUAACAUGGUUCCUUUCUUCCCUCCGGUGACUAAUGAAGAACUCUUUUUAACUGCAGACCAACUUGGCUACAGCUAUGCCAUCGAUCUACCAGUUGAAGAAACUCCAGCUUGGACCACAACCCUCUUGGCGGUCAUGGGAAUGCUGGUGGCUUUGGUUGGUGUUUUUGUGGUGCUGUUUUUCCUUCAGUACCGAAGACUCCGAAAAGGCUAUACACCCCUAAUGGAGACACAUUUAAGCGACAAGAAGUACACAGAAGACGCCUAGAGAUCUCAUGCCUUCCUCUAGAGAGGCAUGAGCCAAGCUGGAGUUCUGACCUUGCUGAUGAACAAUUACUCAGUGUUCUUCCUUUAGCUGAGAUGUUCCAUAUAGUCCCCCACUGCAGGGAUUAUCCCAAAUACACAGGAUGCUUAGCUCGAGUUUCUAGUUUACUCGUUGUUUAACAAACACAGACUAGGAUAUUUGAGGCUAUCUCUACCAUCAAACGAAGGUAAAGCUGACAAUUUGUGGUAUCUGAUAAAAUUCCCCAUUUUGAUCAAGCCUCCUUGUUCUGAAACACACACACACACAACUGAAAGAGAAGCAUUCAUUUUAAUUUGCAGGUCAGUGUAAUUUGAGACCUGGACAUGGUUCAUGUUCAUUUUUUCUUAGCCCAAGUGUCUUCCUUUGUAAUGGGGUGGGGGCCGGGGGUGGCAGGUACUCCUUGAGUCUCCAUGAGUUUAGCUAUAAACAUCUAUGCUUUUAGGUGCCUUCCUGAUCAUCUUUCUGUGGCUUAUUUUUCUCCUUUCUUUUUUUUUGUCUUCUCCAGCCUGUAAAAUGGACUUGAAGAUGAAAAUAGGCCUUAUUUUCCAAAUAGGAUGGAAAGUAAAUAAAUGAAUGAAUGAA